AUAUAUAUUAAUGGUACAUUGUGCAGAAGCGUUCUCCGUUCAGCGCCAAAACGAACACCACCUAACCAGCUCGUGAUUCUUCCCGCCGUAGAUCUGUUCCUUUUCGCCGUUCCUCCAUGGCCGACGACUUCGAAUUCUCCGACAAAGUCCCUCCUUCCUUCGAUCGCGUGGGUUCAAAAGGGUUCAACCCAGCAUUAAUUGUUCUCCUUCUUGUUGGUGGGUUGCUGUUGAUAUUCCUCGUUGGAAAUUAUGUACUAUACACAUAUGCACAGAAGACCCUCCCUCCUAGAAAAAAAAAGCCAAUCUCAAAGAAGAAGAUGAAAAAGGAGAGACUGAAGCAGGGCGUCUCUGCACCUGGAGAGUAGAACUUUUUCCUCACUCUAUAUUCUGUGAUGUUAAAUUGUACUCUUUUAGAAAAAAUUUCUCGUUCUGUGGUCUCUGGAGUUAUGUUAAUCUUUAUCUUAGUCAUGUGUUUUACUGACUGAAAUCUCGACCACAUAAAUUAAGUACUUUGUUAAAAUAUUUGGAACAAAUUAUUUCGUGCUUAA